AUGGGUCGUCGAGUCGUCUCCGGCGGCUGUCACUCGGCGGAGCAGAAAAACGGCGACUUUGCGGCUCUCCGGCGGCUGUCACCAGACGGAGAGGAGCUGGAUGGAGGUGGGGCGCGUGUUAGGGAGCUUCAUCCUCAGGUCCGCGCAGCAAGAGGAGGCUCUUCAUCACAUCUGAUACGCUCUCAGGAGGUGGUGACUCGUCUCCCGGCGGAUCGUCCUCUUUCCGACGAUGGUUUGUUCGUCGAUCAAUCGGAGAUGAUUUACUUGAUGGAUUCGCGAUCCUUUUAUCGUGAAUCAUUCAGAAAUUUUAGUACCAAUGCUUCGCGAAUCGCGUUGACGAGAUUUUCGCCAAUGAUCUAGCGAUUCUCGUUGCUUAAUCCUUCACCGGCGAUCUGUAGGAAAGUCACGAUAAUCAGAUAAAAAUAUAUGACUUUUGACUUUGGGAGGAUUCGAACCCGCGCCGGUCGCCCGCCUCUUCUGAGGAAGGUGUGACGCGGGUUUAGUCCCACAUCGGUUGUGCGCCGAUUUUUCGGGCGAAUAUAUAGUAAUGUUAGCUUUCAAAGCAAAGUUCCUUCUCUCGCGUGUACGACCACUCCUUGCCCCACAGCCGGCUAGCCACCGGUGACGUGGAAGGGGAGUGGCACAUACGUGCCCCUAUCGGUCCAAGCCACUCGAGCCCCUGCUCGUGGCUACUCCCCGACUGCACUUCCGACCCACUUGCGAGCCUGGCUGGCUGGUGGGUCUCCCCCCCAUUUUGCAAUAUUUUAGUUUUAUUUCUUUUUCUUCAUUUAUCUCAAAAGUAAGACUGUAAAAAUCAUAUAAAUUUGUAUAAAAUCACAUAAUUACCCAAAAAAUCACAUUAAUCAACUGAAAACCACUUUUCACACUUUAACACAAAUAUAAGUCUAUUUAUCAUGAGUUAAGGCUAAAACUAUAUUAUUUACUAAUUAUUAACUCAUGAUAAUGAAGACUUAUCACUAAUGUGAUGGGAUUUUGCCAAUUGCUAAAUAAUUAACUAUAUGUGCAUACCAUGGUGUGAGCUUACUAUGCAAGGCAAGAAUAUGUUCAUUAGGAAAUAAAUCAUUUAAUUCAACCUUUUCUUGCCCUUCAAUUCUAGACAAAUGGUCAGCUACUACAUUUUCCUACACCUUUCUUGUCUUGGAUCUCUAAGUUAAAUUCUUGCAAUAAUAAGAUCCAAUUAGACAUGGUUUUGUUUAUUUCUUAGUCAACAAAUAUCUUAGGGCUGUGUGAUCUGAAUAUACAAUAACUUUAGAUCCUAAGAUGUAAGAUCUAAAUUUUUCUAAGGCAAAAACUACUAUAAAUAAUUCUUUUUCCGUAGUAGUAUAAUUUAUUUGUGCAUCAGAAAUAUUUCUACUUGCAUAAUAAAUUACCACUGGUUUCUUAUCAAUUUGUUGACCUAAAACAGCACCCAAUGUAUGAUUUGAAACAUCACACAUGAUUUCAAAAGGAAUUGACCAAGUGGGUGAUAGUAAAACAGGUGCUUUGGUCAAUGCAUUCUUUAGUGUAGAAAAAGCUUCUAAACAUUCUUCAUCAAAAUUAAAAGUGACAUCUUUAGCAAGUAAGGCUGUAAGAGGUCUAGCAAUUUUUUGUGAAAUUUUUGAUAAAUCUUAUAUAGAAACCAGCAUGUCCUAG